AUGGAUUUCGGGUCCCUGGAGACGGUGGUGGCCAACUCGGCCUUCAUCGCUGCCCGCGCCAGCUUCGACGCGAGCAGCGGCCCGACCUCCCGGGACAGGAAGUACUUGGCCCGGCUCAAGCUGCCCCCGCUGUCCAAGUGCGAGGCGCUCCAGGCGAGCCUGGACCUGGGCUUCGAGAGCGCGUGCUCGGAGCAGCCCAUUGGCAAGCGGCUCUUCCAGCAGUUCCUGCAGGCCCACGAGCAGCACGUGCCGGCUCUGGGGCUCUGGAGGGACAUCGAGGACUACGACACCACUGAUGACGACCUCCGGCCGCAGAAGGCCCAGGCCAUCCGGGCCGAGUACCUGGACCCCCAGGCCAAGCUCUUCUGCGGCUUCCUGGACAAGGAGACGGCGGCGCAGGCCCGGGAGGGGCCGGCGGGGGCCAGGGACGGGCUCUUCCAGCCCCUCCUGCGGGCCACCCUGGCGCACCUGAGCCAGGCCCCCUUCCAGCAGUACCUGGACAGCCUGUACUUCCAGCGCUUCCUGCAGUGGAAGUGGCUGGAGGCCCAGCCUGUGGGCGAGGACUGGUUCCUGGACUUCAGGGUCCUGGGGCGGGGCGGCUUCGGGGAGGUGUCUGCCUGCCAGAUGAAGGCCACCGGGAAGAUGUACGCGUGCAAAAAGCUGAACAAGAAGCGGCUGAAGAAGAGGAAGGGCUACAAGGGCGCGAUGGUGGAGAAGAAGAUUCUCGCCAAAGUCCACAGCAGGUUCAUCGUGUCUCUGGCCUAUGCCUUCGAAACCAAAACCGACCUCUGUCUGGUGAUGACCAUCAUGAAUGGAGGCGACAUAAGGUACCACAUCUACAACGUGGACGAGGAGAACCCCGGCUUCCAGGAGCCGCGCGCCGUCUUCUACACGGCCCAGAUCAUCAGCGGCCUGGAGCACCUGCACCAGCGGGGUAUCAUCUACCGAGACCUCAAGCCCGAGAACGUGCUCCUGGACGACGACGGCAACAUCCGAAUUUCUGACCUUGGGCUGGCCGUGGAGCUGAAGGAAGGGCAGACCAAGACCAAGGGCUUCGCGGGGACGCCAGGCUUCAUGGCCCCGGAGCUCUUGCGGGGUGAGGAGUACGACUUUGCCGUGGAUUACUUCUCCCUGGGGGUCACGCUGUAUGAGAUGAUCGCGGCCAGAGGCCCCUUCCGAGCCCGCGGAGAGAAGGUGGAGAACAAGGAGCUGAAGCAGCGGGUCCUGGAGGAGGUGGUCACCUACCCCGACAAGUUCAGCCAGGCCAGCAAGGACUUCUGUGAGGCGCUGCUGCAGAAGGACCCUGAGAGGCGCCUGGGGUUCAGGGACGGCUCCUGUGAUGGGCUCCGCGCCAGCCCCCUCUUCAGGGACAUCAACUGGCGGCAGCUGGAGGCCGGGAUGCUGACCCCCCCCUUCGUCCCAGACUCCAGGACUGUCUAUGCAAAGAACAUCCAGGACGUGGGUGCCUUUUCCACGGUCAGGGGCGUGGCCUUUGACAAAGAGGACACAGAAUUCUUCCAGGAAUUCGCCACCGGCACCUGCCCCAUCCCUUGGCAGGAGGAGAUGAUCGAGAAGGGCAUCUUUGGGGACCUGAACGUGUGGCGGCCUGACGGGCAGAUGCCCGACGACAUGAAGGGGAUCUCCGUGCAGGAGGCGGCCCCCUCGUCCAAGUCGGGGUUGUGUCUGGUUUGCUAGACCAGCUGCAGCGCCUCGUGGGUCAGCUGAGCCCCUCCCGCCAGGCCGCCACAUGGCUGUGGCCCGGCGCUCAGCACAGGCAGGACAGAGGAGGCCGGUCCAGCCAGGCCUCCCGCGCAGGGUCAGGAGCGCCAGCAGUAAAUAGUCCACCUCUUUUGCACCCUUUCACUCAAAAAGGAUCCAGUGGUCCCGGGACGGAAUCCACCAGCGACGCUUGGCUCUCCAGGCCCUGGAGCGGACGUGCAAGCUGGUGGCGGCUUGGGCGGCGAGAGUGAAGACUCGGUUCGGGUUUCCUGGCAUCUCAGCUGCAGCUUCGCAGGCCCCUUCGCCUUCUCUGGGCUGGUUCAGAGGUUGGGAAACCCCGGCCUGUGGGCUCGCGGGCUCCGCUGAGACGCCCGGAGUGUGCGCCUGGCCCGGGUUCCCUUAGCGCCCAGCUCUGGUCCCGCCCCUAGCCGGCGGGUCACUGCCGGGGCCGGGCCGGGCCCCACCCGCACGUUGGGGAUGCCGUCUCCACGUCUGCCGGUGCUGAGUCUCCAGUGGGGUCCCCUUGCCGGCCGGGGCCCAGGUGUCCGGGAGGAGGGGAAGGCCCAGGGGCCUGGGGGUGAGGCUGACCGCGGCAGUCACCCCCCUUGGCUUCUCCUCAUCCCGAGACCAUCUCCAGUUGAUGACAACUGGACACAAGCUGCCCACCCCCGGCAGACAGGCCGGGCCAGCGGCUCUCUCCCCCCACCCGGCACCUGCUUCCCACCCCGACUCUGCCUCUUGGCCUGCAAGGCCUGGCCCUCUCCUGGUCUCCCUCCUGGGGCCAGCUUUGGGCUUGUCUUGCUACGUGGGGUUAGCUGCCUGGCGGCCAGGAGCAGUGCCCUCCCUUUCCUGAGCGCCUCUGCCCUCCGAGUGCCAUGCUGGGCGUGGUAGCACCCCUGCCGUCUGCCCCCCCAGCAGCCUCGGGAGAGGAGGGACCCCGAGGAGCGCGACCUUGGGGGCUGCGGCUGAGCCACCUGGGACCAGGGGCCGCGCUGGCCCAGAGCCACGGCAGGGGGCUGGCCCCAGGCUGCUGUGGGCUCAGACAGCCGUCGGGUGUAAGGGAUGUGUCAAGUGUACCUCCGGGUCCCUUGGGCACCGAGGGCAUUAAAGCCCCUUCCUGGUGAACGAACCUGCAGGACGACCCUCUCUCCGGUGCGCUGCAGCCAUAAUGUCCUGCAGGGGCCCUGAAGAGCCGUCCAGUGCUUUUGGUCUGUGACCUGAAACUGCCCCUUGAACCUCUCCUGGGAGGCUGAGAUGGGGGCCCGUGGCCAAGGGAGGCUGGGCUGUCGGCAGGAUCAAUCGCUGUGUCGGCCCUGACGCGGGUUCUGUGUCCUAGGAAGAGACGCGUAGAUUAUCUAACGGCUGUAGAUCUCACCUCACUACGUUCAGGUGCAAGACACACCACUUCUGGUCUUUCUAAACCCAUUUAAUCUGCUCUAGGUCCCCAUGGACCUGAGCAGAGUGAUUUACACCUCAGGGGGUGGGUGUGGCCUGGCCUUUGGCCGCCGUCGGAGUGCCUGCCCGGGGCCCACGGCGCCUGAAGUGUAGCCCCUCCUGUGGAACCAGCAACCCCGUCGGGGACCCCUCUGCCUUCAUCUUAUGCCUGGACGGCCAGAGGAGACAGGGCAUCGAUACAGUUGAAUUUCAGAUAAACAGCAAGUAACUUUUUUCGUGCGUGGGACAUACUUAACGCUAAAAACUUAUUCAACGUUUUUGGCUAAAUGUGGCACAGCUGUUGCAGAUUAUUUACUCAACGUACGUUAUUCCAUGAGCUAGCAGGUCUGUGGGGAUAUAAUCACAGAAGCGAGUUACGUGUGACUUCCGCUGCCUCUCUCUCGUGGUCUGCUCAGGGGUGCCCCCUGCUCCCCAGUAAAACUCAAGCCAGCCCCAUGUAGUUACACGCAGGCAGCAGAAGUCCUGGAGUCACUUCACUUCUAUUUUAAAACGCUUUGGAACUGAAAUUUUCACAUAGAAACAAAGGAAUUGUCAACGUCCACACUGUGGUACGGACACUGCCCCACAGGUGCAGGAGCCUGGCUGUGCCGGUGUCCCGCUGGUCACCCCCACCCAGAGGCGCCCUGCGGCCCCUGUAGGCAGCAACCAAAGCACUGACUUAAAAUGCGCCACCGGGAGAACGGCAGCUCCGGUCACUCCAUUCUUCCCCAGCUGGGCUGGAGGGACGUCUCCACCCUCCCGUCCAGUCGCAGCCUUGGGGCCUGGGGGCAAGGCCGGGAGGCCGGACGGUGCACAGGGCAGUUCCCAGCUGCUGGGUGCGUGCUUAUGGUGACUCUUCAUUGUGGGGUUUCUUCAUGGGCCUUCGGGGGCCUCUGCUGUGGGGCGUCUCGGGUGCAGACCCCCUGACCGGGCACACCCUGAGGGGUCUCGCUGUCACUCCAGCUGUCCCCCGGCUCCCCUGGGCAAGGGACACGCCCUCCAGGCUGGAUAACGGGGCUGCCCGGGCGCUCCCCCGGGCCAGAGCUGGGGGCUCUCUGUGGAGAAGCCUUCGUCCCCGGGCCCUUUCACCCCCGAGCACAAGCCUCGUGAUCCCCGAGGGGUGCUGGGCUCAGGCACUUGGCCCUUGCCGUCGUCCCCAUGCCAGGAGCCAGAGGAGAUCCCGCUUUUCCAUCCUGGUGCGUUCCAACGUGAACUGUGGUGAGGAUGUGGGCCCCCCACA